GCUACUGAGAGAAUAUUCAUAAAAGAUGGCGACUUUCUUUGAACGGCAUGUUGUGUUCAAGUUGUGAUUAACACAAUAUUUAUAUUUCGAACUACCUAAUAUCAGUAUCGGGAAAUAAUAUGAUGGAAUUCACCAAUAAUCAGAAUCCUUCGUUAAUUACUUCAAAAACAGGUUUUAAUUACUGUCAAGAAGCAAUUUUGCCACGACAUGAAAACAGUUUUAAUAUUCCAAUUUUUAGGCCUAACCGCUAUCCUGUCUGUAACGUCCCUCCCGUUCCUAAUCGUAGUCAUGGUCUUUGGUCUUCAAACAUGACAAACUUUAGUGCAGUAGGUGACGUUACCAAUAAUUGGCGUCUUCCAUCACCACGAUUUGGUCCUCCAUCCUACUUUGAAACUUAUAAGGGUCCACAGUUUCAAAAUGUUGAACCCAGAUUACCACCUCCAUAUAUAAAUUCAGGACUCCAAAAUGUGAACAGUCAUUUAGUUCUACCAUGGUAUACUUCAGAGAAAAAUAUAUUUAAUGGAAAUAAUUUUUUACAUGGACGUGGAGUUUUCCACCAUGCUCGGGGUCGUGGAAUGUGGGCAAGGCCCAUGUCUAAUAUUAAUGAUGCCAAAAACAGAUAUACUUCAAGUAUGGAAAGUCCUUUCAUUAAUGAAGACAUAGCACUUGAGAUGAAAAAAAAAAACAGUUGUACCAUAGAGCUAAACUGGUGAACAGUGAAGAAUCAUGGAAAGCUUUAAAAAAACAAAAAAACCUAGUGACAAGAAUGAUGAAAGAAGCAAAGAAAAAUAUUGAAAUGACAAGUGUUGAGCAGUCAAACAGAGAAAAAUUUUAUUGUGAUACAUGUGAUCGAUUAUAUGCUGAGAAGAAAAGCCUUGAUAAUCACCUGGCAGAACAUGUGAAGUGCUUGAUUGAUGGAUGCAGAUUUGAAGCUCACUCCAAGGUUGUCACUAUUCAUCGGAAAAUGCAACAUGAUACAGGAUUGGCCAAAAAAAUUAUGAAUUUGAACACUCCAGAAGAAAUUGAAAAGUGGAGGAGUGAGAGAAGAAAGAAAUAUCCAACAAAAAGCAAUAUUGCAAGGAAAAAUGCUGAACUUGAAGAAAAAGCAGCAAGAGGAGAAGUAAUUGAAACAAAAUAUUUUGGCAAAAUACGAAGAGGGGUUCAAGGUGGAAGAUAUUCUAAUCAUAAUUAUCCAGGGACCACAGGAAGAGAUUCUAAUGAAAAUACAUCCUUACCAAGAAGCUAUGGUGGAUGGAGAGGAAGAGGUCAGGGUCAAGAUAGAAGGAGAUCAAAUCACAGACGUCAGAGAAAAAGAUGUCGAAAUAUUCCUGAGGUUCAAGGUGAUAGAAAUAUUUCCAAUAAAGUCACAGAAGAAAAAUUAUCUGUUGAAAGGAUUAAUGAAGGAACUGAAGAAAUGCAUGGAAAGUUAAAAAAGUUUCGAGGGACAAAAUCUAUAUACACACUAAAUGGAGAUUUUGAAACUGAUAUGCAGAUUAUCACUCAAAAUGAAAGUAGGUAUGAAAAUACUCAACGACUGUUUGUAGAACAACGUAUAACAAAACCCACAAACCAGGUUCACAUGAAAGAUCAAAAUGAAAGUUUACAAGGUGAAUAUAAUGAAGAUGCAAAGAAUGAGCAAGAUGAGCCCUAUUUUCAGAAUCUUUCUAGUAGUGCAAAUGAUACAGAUAUCCUUAAUACAAGUUAUGAUGACAAGUUCGAAGAUAGUGUUUUGGUGUCAGGAUGUGAAAAUCUCAUUGACGGUUUAUCACCAGUUGUAAGAGAGUUAAAAGAGUUUAGAAGAACCACCUAUGAUCAUGAUAAAAGAACAAUAAUUGAAUAUAAUGAAGAAGUGUGGAAUGAACAAGAUGAGCUUCCAUUUAAGAGCCUAUCUAUUAGUUCAAAUAGUAUUAAUAAGUUUAACAGGAGUAAUGAUGACAAGUUACAGCAUAAUGUUUUUGUGUCAAAAUCUGAAGAUCACACUGAAGAAUUAUCACUAAUCAGAAAGGAGUUAAAUGAUCUUGAAAGCACCAUUAAUAAUCAGUCAUCCAUUAAGAAUAUCGUUCAUGAAGCUGAAGCAACUCAGCAGGGUUGUAAUAACAUGAAUAACAGUACAAGCAUAGGUACUAUUCCACAUUCAAUCAAAACCCCAGAUCAUCUCCAAAUUAUCCAUCCCAAUCACACUAAUGGACACUGUUCAUCAUCAGAAACAAUUCACAGUAGCCCUGAUCAACCUAAGCUUUCACCUGUUGUCAGUAAAGAUUUAUGUAUGAAAGAUGAAUCAUUCUACGAUAACAAAAAACAAGAAACUUUAGCCAGUAGUAUUGUUGAAAAAGAAAGCAAGUCAAGAAAUGAAACUGGUUCAAUAAAAGAGGAGAAAGAAGAAGGUGAACUAGAUGACAGUGAUAUUAAUGAAGUUGAAGAUGAUGACAAGACAAGUCAAGUUUCCAUGGACAAAUAUUAUGGUAUCAAAGAAGCUAAACAGUUUGAAGUCUGUGAGGGUGAAGCUACCAAAACUUCAAAUGAACAUUCAGUAAAUAUUGACCCACUUUCCUACCUUAUCAAAGGCUGUACAGGGUCAGACAGUGAGGAAGAGCCCCUUGUACAACGUGCAACUGUGUCAAAGAAUCCUCUUAUUACAGUUGGAGGAGCAUUGGGUUCACUUAUGGCUUCUUAUGGUGGACAUGAUACUGAAUCAGAGAAUGAGAUGGAAAAUAUAAAGGAACUUGUUCUGGUAUGUGUUUUCAAAGACUGUAUGGGGUCUUCCUCUGGUCCAGGUAUUGCAAUUUUCAAACAACUCCAACAAUCUUGGGAAUACAUGGACCAGUCCAUUUAUGACACUGCAGCUGACCAUGAUGAAGUACCAAUAGUUGGGGCAACCAACCUAGAGACAAUUAUCGAGAGCUUCUUGAACUAG